UAAUCUAUUCGUUAUUCAAAGCAGAGGCAUGAACAGUCACGCUAGCCGUAUUUUGACCUACAUGGCAACAAGGCUCCUCCCCCGAACAUCAUGCGAUGUUCCCGUUCACCCCACUUGACGUCAGUGUUGAAAAUAGUGGCCAAUCGCAUCUCGUUUGGCAAUUGUAAGGGUAGGAAAACAAUAAAAGAUAAAAAGGAAAGCACACGUGCAAAAAAAUCAGACGAAAACGUGAUUUGCGAGUCUCGUUGACGUUGCAACUCACGUCGGUAACACUUGAAGGGUAGCAGCGAACACGAGCAGGUUAACCCACUUCAGUUCGCCAAGCAGUUGAUAGGAAAACUUUUUAUUAUUUGUGUGUGUUUUUAUCACAAUCAAGUGCAACAUCAUGUGGCGGUCUGUUUCCUGUCUUGGACAUCCUCAGAUGUUAAGGAACUUAAAACACACAAAGAGAGUCAUACUCGUUGCUAGAUGCAGAAAAACGCCGAACCGCUAUUUCCAGACGACUGUUACACGCUGGGCCGAUAUCACCCCGAACCGUCCUUCAUCCUCAGUGGAAGCUUCUGUUCUGUCAUACAAACACGAGCAGAAAGCAAUCGAACCUGCAUCUUCGAUUGUUGUUGAAAAGCCGCCAUUAAGCAAAAGGAUUCUAGACGAAUUGGUGCAUUACUAUCAUGGAUUCCGUUUGCUGUUUAUCAAUAUCGGUAUUUCGGGAAGCUUGCUCAUGCGCGUUCUUCGAGGCGAGACUCUCUCCCGACGUGAAAAGAAACAACUUGUCACAACAACAUCAGAUGUUUUCCGUCUUGUUCCCUUCUCAGUUUUUAUAAUUGUUCCCUUUAUGGAACUUGCCUUACCCAUUUUUCUUAAGCUUUUUCCAAACAUGUUACCCUCUACCUUUCAAACAGCCAACGACAGAGAGGUUAAGUUCAAAACGACGCUCAAAGUCAAAUUAGAAAUGGCCAAAUUCUUGCAACAGACGUUGGAUGAAAUGGCACUCACGGGUAGCGGUCAUCAAAGUAAGACAGCCAAGGAUUUCGCAAGAUUUUUUCAGAACAUCCGAAGCUCCGGCCAACAGGCGUCUAACGAAGAAAUUUUACGUUUCUCUAAGCUAUUUGAAGAUGAGAUCACCUUAGAUUCUCUUAGCCGUCCUCAGCUGACUGCUCUUUGUCGCGUACUGGAAAUUGCUCCCAUCGGCACUAAUAACCUGCUACGCUUUCAAUUACGAAUGAAAUUACGCCGAUUGGCAGCUGACGAUAAAUUAAUUCUAAAAGAAGGAAUUGGCUCCCUCACCAUCUCUGAAUUACAGGCAGCCUGUCGCGAGCGUGGCAUGAGAUCACUUGGAGUUAGCGAGAUUCGUCUUAAAUCACAAUUAUUUCAAUGGCUGGACCUCAGUAUGGGCGGGAAAGUCCCGCCGUCGCUACUGCUCUUAUCACGAGCGCUGUAUUUACCUGAAAACGUUUCUGCCACCGAACAACUUCAAGCAACAAUUGCUUCCUUACCAGAGUCACUUGUUGCGCAAACCAGCGACGCUAUUAAUCACCGAAGAGGGAAAGUUAACAAUCAAGCUCGUAUCGAGGCUCUUCGGGUGGAACAAGCCAAAAUUCACGAAGAACGGAAAGAGUUUUGCGCGAGCAAGUCUGAUUUCGACAGCAAAAAGCUGACACUAGCUGACGCUGCGCUUUUGGAAAACGCUCUGGAGGGCGUGGGUGUACAGCGCAAAAGGCUGUUAGUCGCUAAAGGGGAUCUGAUUGACCUGAAAGAAGAAAUGGCUGAUUACAGGGAGGAUAUUCAAGAACUGGAGGACCUUUUGCGAUCUCCAGAACGUCAACGCCUGGUUCUACGUGAAUCUAAAGCUGCCCGUCGACUUUCACGAACUGUUAAUCGAAUGAUUGCAACACUAGAAAACCAUAUAGACGGAUCUGCGUCCACAGAAAGAGAGCCGUUCACAAAAGACAACGAUGACAUGGUCUCCAUCGAAGAGCUGAUUGCAUCCAUUCGCCGGAUUAAUGCUAUAGAUAACUCUGCAAACCUUCAAGCCAUUGUUCAUAUCUUGGAUCACAUUGAUAUGGAUCGUGAUGGAGUUAUCACGGUAGAAGAGGUUAUGAAGGUAAUCGAACUGCUAGAAGAGGAGGGAAUAAAUUUAACUGCAAAACAAAUGACAGAGUUGCUGGGCGUUGUCAAUAAAGAACAAUUCAUCGAGAUGGAAAAGAAAAUUGAAAAGACUCUCGGACAGUUUGUUGACAAGGUGGAAAAGGAUAAGAAUAAUUUGGCCAUUCACUCUUCCGAAAUAAGAAAAACGGAAAAUAUAAGCGUCAAACAAAUGGUGGUGAAGGAUACGGAAGAGCAAGUCCUGCGAGAAAAUUUGAAAACGGUUCAGGAUCAAAAAGUGCUGGAGAUAGCUGAAAUUGAAAGAAUUUUAUCGCUAGUAACCCAGCUGAAAACUCUGUAUGCCGAUGAUGUUGUGCCGAGGAAACGAGUUUCGGACAUUAAACCCGUUUUAUUCAGGGCGGAAACAAGCAGCCCUUCUGGUUUAAGCCCAUAAAUCUAUACAGGUGUAAAUAUGUUAGGUUUCCAUUUGAUUUGGCCGAAUAUAUUAUCGUUUAGAAAAAGGCACGCUCUUCCGAGAACAAGGUACCUAUGUGGCCCUAGAUCGCUGAAUCGCGGCAGGAUCGUGAAUAUGUGAAAUUACCUCGUUAUCAAGUCUUUUAUAAAUAGCAGUCGAUGUCAACAAA